CGAGAAAGACGCGGCCGUUACGACCAGCGUGUUCUCAAAGAAAACUUCACGCAACUUUAUUGCAGUUGCGAGCGAACUAAGUGUUAGAUUGCGUGCAAAGUGCUAUAGUGUUUAGUGAUGACUUUUGUAUGGAACCGUCGGCUUUCUUGUCUCCUGGACGAGCGUUGAAGUCAGAGGGGAUGGAAGCGAAAGACCGACUAGUCGAGGAGGUGAUACUCCUCGCCCUGUUUCUUGUUUCGACGGCGGCCAAUUCGUUGGCACUCUUGGUAUUCUGUCGACGACCUGGGCUGAGGACUAUAUCUAAUAGGUUCGUCAUUAACCUACUGGCGACGAAUUUGGUGACGACCUCCCUGCUCGCGCCCGCGCUUUUCGGCGAGCACUCGGCGAGGGAGGUGGCUGGGUGGGUCGAGGCGGGCGACGCCGCUGCCUCGGCGUGCAGCCUCGCAGCCUUGCUGGCGGUGACGCUCAUCGCGUUGGACCAGCACCACGCCGUGACCGACCCGCUGCGCUGUCACACCCGGCUGCUCCAACGCCGCCCUGCGUCGCUCUGCGCAGCCACCUGGCUCGCCGCCCUCUUAGCGGCUGCAGUGCGCGCAACGAUUGCGAUAUUCCGCUAUUACUAUCCGCAAGAGACAGCCGUUUACGGAGUCGAGCUCGCGUACUAUGUCGCCUACCUGAUCGCCGGUGUCCUCGCCCCAGUGACUACAGUCUGCGUUAUGUAUGCGAGGAUCUACCGCGCGGCGCGGUCGUCUGGACUACGGGCGCGAGCGCACGGAGCCAGCGCUCUACAACUUCACGAACCACAUAUAACUUUGCCCGAUUUAAUAGAAGAGGAAGGGCUUACUCUAAAAAUUGAUAUACCUGACAAUGCCGCUGAAGGCGAAUCCAAGUUUGGGCCAUUCUUAUUGCCGCCGGAGCGACCUGUGCGGUGCCCGUCUGUCGCGAGUUUGCGAAAUGCGCGACGAGAAGGCAAAUCCAUUGAGGAUAUACGGAGGGGUUUGCCGGCGGUGAGCUCUGCGCCAUCUCUCGCGGCUCCUCUGCUGGCCGUGCAACCUCAGACGACCCUGCCCGCGAAUGGUGGGUCGAGGAUAACGUCCAUACGUUGUCGGAUUUCAAAUGCUUCGCUGUUUCGGUAUAGAGAAGAAUCUCGUGCGGCCAGAGUUGGACUAUUAACUGGUGCGUUAGUGUUAUUACAUGUGCCACACGCGGUGGCGGCUCUUGCGUCCGCUGCGGUGCCGGGCUUGGCAGCGAGUGUACGGACUCCUGCGCUGGCCUUGCUCCUCCUCGCUUCGGCGGCGUCACCUUUCCUAUUUGCGCUGCGUUCGAGGCGAGUGCAGCGGGAGGCAAGGCGGCUGCUACUGCCCGAGAAGAGUGUGUGGGAUCGGCCUUCGCGCGCAGCGUCCAGUGCGGCCGUUGAUGGGCAGCGAGCCCGCGCGGCUUUGGACCUGUUGAGGACGCUGACGCCGGUGGACGGCGGUGAGGGUGCGGAGGGCCCUUCGGGGAGUGGAGCGGACGGCGUGUGCCGGAGCUCCUUCAGCUCCGGCGGCAGCACUCAGAUCUCCACGGCGUCGGAGGAGUGACACCCCGCACCCCGCGCCCCGCCCUCGCGGGUGCGCUUCGCCCGACCCACCGCUCUACUCAUCUGUGAUACUAGCAUAAGACGAACCGCGCUCGGCGCGAAUGUUAGACUGAUUUAGCAUAAGUUAAUUUAUUAUUGUGUCGAUGUACCUUUCCGCUGAGCGGACAAACUUUAUUACCUGAUAUGAAUGUAUUAAAAUAUUUGUAUUGAAAUGAU